AUGGAGGCCGGCAUGAACCUCCCGCACCACGCGGGCAUCCAGGGGGGCAGCCAGGCGACACACUGGCUGCAGGAGCACUUCCAGGGCUCCCAGGACUGGUUCCUCUUCAUCUCCUUCGCUGCCGACCUCAGGAACACUUUCUUUGUCUUUUUCCCUAUCUGGUUCCACUUCAGCGAGUCGGUGGGUGUCAGGCUCAUCUGGGUGGCCGUGAUCGGUGACUGGCUCAACCUCGUCUUCAAGUGGAUCCUCUUUGGUGAGAGACCAUACUGGUGGGUCCAUGAGACGGAUUAUUACAGCAACACCUCUGCCCCAGAGAUCCAGCAAUUCCCGCUGACCUGCGAGACCGGUCCCGGGAGCCCCUCCGGUCAUGCCAUGGGUGCAGCAGGCGUGUAUUAUGUCAUGGUGACAGCCCUCCUCUCAGCUGCCAUGGGAAAGAAACAGUCAAGGACACUCAAAUACUGGGUGCUGUGGAUGGUGCUUUGGACGGGGUUCUGGGCAGUUCAGGUCUGUGUCUGCCUGUCCCGAGUCUUCAUUGCUGCCCACUUCCCCCACCAGGUCAUCGCGGGAGUCAUCUCAGGGAUGGCCGUGGCCAAGACUUUCCAGCACGUCCGCUACAUUUACCAUGCCAGCCUCCGCCAGUACCUGGGCAUCACCUUCUUCCUCUUCAGCUUCGCCAUGGGCUUCUACCUGCUGCUGCGGGUGCUCGGCGUGGACCUGCUCUGGACGCUGGAUAGGGCACGGAGGGGCUUUGAUCCCUCCAAGCCCCCCUCCCAUAUGCAGCUGCUCUUCUACAUCCUCUCCUUCUGCAAGAGCGCAGCCGUGCCACUGGCCACUGUUGGCCUCAUCCCCUACUGCAUCUCCCAGCUCCUGGUCACACAGGACAAGAAGGCUGUCUAG